AUGCCUCGUCAACGUAUCGAUUUUACCCCUGUCCACAGAAGUGAAUGGAAAAAACAUCCUAAUGGUGUUUUAUCACAAGAUAUUGAAUUUACUCAUACCAAUCAGUCUGAACAAAGAUAUCCAAAGAGAGGCAGAAGUUAUGAUCGUUGCUGUCGGAUUCGUGAUUCAAGUAAUAGUAGUAGUGAUCGUGAUAGAAGUUCAUCAAGAGAUGACUUUUAUCAAAAUCAUUAUUCUUCAACAUAUCAAAGUCAACGUUCUCACAAUAGAAACAAUAGAAAACGUGAAAGGUCACCACCCGAUGACCACAUUACAACAAGAAGGCGUCAUCAUUUCAAUGAAAGUCGAAGAAAUCACGAAUCUUAUUUGCAUCAACCUGUUUGCACAACGUUUGAACCAUCUUAUAUACAAAACCUAAUGAGUCAAAUUAGCAAUUUAAGCCUCCAACUAGAAAUAAUGCAAAAUAGAAUAUCUGGUGUACCACCAAUUCAACCUUCUUCAACCCACGCAUCUAUUAACAUGCAAAAUGAAGGUGACGAAAAUCAACAAAAUGAAACUAGGUUACUACUUGAAGCUCCUACACCCUUUGAAAGACCACCUGAAAAUCAUGAAACUUUAGUUAUAGUGUCUAAAAAUCAGACACUUUCUCUUAAUAAAGCAAGUAAAUUACCUUCUCAAAUGAAUAAUGAAGAUGCUCAAUUCACACAAAUGCCUCUCGAACCCAUGAAUUCUGUUUUUAAACAGACUUUUCAUGAUGAAAUUGUUAAAAUUUUGGAUCAUUUACCGACUGAACACCAAUUUGAUAUCACCAAAAAUUUUACUCAACAAUUAAAUCAUGUAACUUAUGUUACUAUUCCUGCGGUUAAAGCUUUGAUUAGCCCUAGAUUAGUCUUUACUGAUGAUGAGUUAAUCGCGACAAUAAGACAACUUCAUAAAAGUCGUCGAGGAAAAUGGAAAAGUCGUGAAAAAUUGGAGGCUCAUAGAGCACGUCGACGUAUCAGUUCACGGACUAAACGAAAAAUAUGCAGUAGAAUUCGUGGUCUGCAACAUAUGGUUCGUAUAGGUGAUCCAAUUCUUAAUGAAUGUCAACCACCAACACUCAGUUGGGAAGAAUAUCUUCAUGAUUUGGAACGAGCCGUAAAUGAUCCUGCAUUACAAUCUUGCGAAGAAUCUGAUAAUGAUGAAGUUUUGGCAAAUCAGGAAAGAGGUGAACGCCCAACAAUUAUUCGGGAUAGCAAUAGUGUUAUAAAGGUUUAUGAUAAACCAUGGAGAUCUACUAAAAUCAAGCGUCUUUUACGCCGUUGUGACGAAGUUGGUGGUUCUGUUUAUGGAUUAAUUAGAAAAAGAUGGUAUAACGAUCAAUUAUAUGUAAAUAAUAAUAGUCGUCCAAACGAACAUGUUCCCCAUUGGUGGGUUUCUACGAAUUGGUCUACUUCUGAUGCCGAAUCUAGUGAAAUUCAUAAAGAAGUCGAACUAGAAGUUGAUAAAGAAAAUGUUGGUGAUAAUAAUGGAAAUGAUAUUUAG